AGUCAGCGAUAUGGAGGCUCUUGAGCACUUGGAUUUGGGGAAGAAUCCACUGACAGGAGAGAUCCCGGCCAGCAUUUUUGCUCUGAGAAGCUUGAGCGAGUUGUACGUGUACGAGACUAAUGUGUCCGGGUCGAUCCCUCAGGCAGUCAGUGCCGCAAACCUGAGCGUGAUCGAUCUGUCUUUAAAUAAUUUGAUGGGGAACAUACCUGAAGUUUUUGGACAGCUCAAGAAUCUAUACAGCUUGAAUUUAGAGUUCAAUCAAUUGUCUGGUGGAAUCCCGGAAGUUAUCGCGAGUCUUCCCGCUUUGUCUGAUAUCAAGCUGUCCAACAACAAUAUAUCGGGCACGAUUCCCCCGGACUUUGGCAAGUUUUCCCCGCUCAGAAGAUUCGAAGUGGCCUUCAACAACUUGACCGGUGCAUUUCCAGAACAUCUGUGCCAUGGGGGCACGCUGUUUGGGUUGGCCGCCAUGGACAACAAUCUCAGCGGGGAGUUGCCAGAGUCACUUGGAAAUUGCAGUACUUUGCUCGAAGUGAUGUUGAACAACAAUGGGUUCACAGGCAAUGUGCCUGGAGGACUCUGGAUGCUGCGGAACUUGAUGGCUUUGCUCUUGAGUGGUAAUGGAUUAACUGGCGAGCUUCAGGAGCUGUCCCCAAACCUCACUCGGAUCGAGAUGAGCAACAACAAAUUCUUCGGCAAGAUUCCGAGCACGGUGUCUUUGUGGAGGAACUUGGUGGUGUUUGAUGCUAGUAAUAACCUCCUCAGUGGCACGGUUCCAGCUGAAUUGACCGUGCUUCCUUCUCUGACGACGCUUUUGCUCGGUCAGAACAAGCUCUCCGGGAAUCUUCCCACAGACAUCGUUUCAUGGAAAUCCUUGAACACUCUGGAUCUUAGUCACAAUAAGAUCUCGGGACCGAUUCCCAGAAAAAUCGGUCUUCUGCCUGUGCUCACGCAGUUGGACCUGUCUGACAACCAACUGUCCGGCUUGAUUCCUCCUGAAUUCGGCCAACCGAAUCUGAAUCGUCUGAAUUUAUCAUCCAAUCGCCUCAGUGGACCAAUCCCAGCCAAGUUAGAGAACGCCGCAUAUGACGCCAGUUUCCUGAACAAUCCCGGCCUCUGUGCAUCCAAUUCGUUCAUGAGGAUCAAUGUCUGCAACACCCAAUCCCGUAGAUCGAGCAAGACCAAUCUCACCUUGAUCGUGAUCUUGGCCAUUGGGGCGGUGAUAUGUGUUUUGUUGGUGGUGCUAUUCCUGAUCAGAGCUUCCAGAAAGAACAAGGGCCAGUUCGAUUCAACUCCAAUACUGACUCCAUUCCAAAGUUUGAAUUUUACGGAAUCAAAUAUUCUGUCGGGAUUGAAGGAGCCUAAUGUGAUUGGAAGUGGUGGAUCAGGAAAAGUAUAUCGCAUUAUUGUGAAUCCUUCUGGUGAUGCUGUCGCUGUGAAAAGGAUUUCGAAUAACCAAAAGUUAAAUGAGAAGCUGGAAAAGCAAUUCGCAGCAGAAGUGGGGAUACUUGGGAACAUUAAGCAUCGGCACAUUGUCAAAUUGUUAUGCUGUAUUUCUUGCGAGAACUCGAAACUCCUAGUGUAUGAGUACAUGGAAAAUAGCAGCUUGGACCAUUGGCUUCACAAGAAGAAAAGAUUGUCGCCCAUCUCGGGUGUUGCCGACAAUAUGAUCUUGGAUUGGCCCAAAAGGUUGCAGAUUGCGCUCGGAGCAGCUAAAGGACUUUGCUAUAUGCAUCAUGAUUGUUCAUCACCCAUCAUCCACCGAGACGUGAAAUCAAGCAACAUUCUUUUAGACUCCGAGUUCAACGCAAAAAUUGCUGACUUCGGCCUUGCAAGAAUGUUGGCCAAGAAUGGAGAAGCUGUCACGCUCACAGGAGUUGCAGGCUCUGCCGGCUAUCUUGCACCAGAGUAUGCUCACACAACAAAAGUUAAUGAGAAGAUCGAUGUUUAUAGCUUCGGGGUCAUUCUCUUGGAACUGACCACCGGGAGGGAGGCCAAAGGCGGGGAUGAAGACAUGUGCCUCGUCGAUUGGGCAUGGCGUCACAUCCUAGAUGGCAAGGCGAUAGCUGAUGCGAUAGAUGAGGAGAUCAACCAUUACUCGUUCCUAGGUGAAAUAAGCAAUGUCUUUAAGCUCGGGAUCUCUUGCACCGUGAAGCGUCCUUCCAAGAGGCCUCCAAUGAAGAAGGUAGUGCAAGCGCUGCUCAAAUGUAGUGAUCCGCUUGACGUUGUCGAGCAGACAUCCGCCAUAACUUAG